CCCCCGCCCACGCCGCCCGCGAAGUCCCGCGCCGGCUUCCCCUCCCCUCGCCCCUCCUCGCCCGCCCCUUUCUGAGGAAGGCCCCCGUAUAGCCGCGCCGCCGCCCCCUGCUUCCCGGCCCGCCCGAUCGCCGCUAUGCUGCCCUCUUUGACUCGCCGCGCCUUCACCGGCCAGCUGAGCGCCUUCUCCCGCGCCGCCGCCUCGUUCAACACCUCCCGUGUGGCCGCCGCUUACGCCACCUCGGUCAGCACUGGCCAGGCCCCGGUCGACCCGGACCUGCGUGAGGAGGAGCCCCCCUUCCCGGCCACCUCGCGCGACCUGCCCGAGACCCGCACCAUCAACAUCGGCGGCUUCGGCAACCCCCUGCGCAAUGUGACCCCCUACGUUGAGGCCACCCGGCCGUCGGUGUUCCACGACAGCUUCGGCGAGCAUGACCCGUUCAUCGACAACUACACCCUGAACUUCGGCCCCCAGCACCCGGCUGCUCACGGUGUGCUCCGUCUGAUUGUCGAGCUGGAGGGUGAGAACGUCUCCCACUGUGACCCGCACGUCGGUCUGCUGCACCGCGGUACCGAGAAGCUGAUCGAGUACAAGAACUACGUGCAGGCCCUGCCCUACAUGGACCGCCUGGACUACUGCUCCAUGAUGUGCAACGAGCAGGCUUACUGCCUGGCCGUCGAGCACCUCCUGGGCAUUGAGGCCCCCCUGCGCGCCAAGUACAUCCGUACCAUGUUCGCCGAGAUCACUCGUAUCUCCAACCACAUCAUGGCCGUGUGCGCUCACGCCAUGGAUGUCGGUGCCCUGACUCCCCUGCUGUGGAUGUUCGAGGAGCGUGAGAAGCUCAUGGAGUUCUACGAGCGUGUGUGCGGUGCGCGCCUGCACGCGGCCUACUUCCGCCCCGGCGGUGUGGCGCAGGACCUGCCGCUGGGUCUGCUGGAUGACAUCCACAAGUGGUCGCUGGAGUUCCCCUCCCGUGUGGACGAGGUGGAGGAGCUGCUGACCGGCAGCCGGAUCUGGAAGAUGCGUCUGCAGGGCAUCGGUGUGAUUUCCUCCGAGGAGGCCAUCAACUGGGGCCUGUCCGGCCCGCUGUUCCGUGCGUCCGGCCACAAGUGGGACCUGCGCAAGGCCCAGCCCUACGAUGCCUAUGAGUAUGUGGACUUCGAGAUCCCGGUGGGCACCCGCGGUGACUGCUACGACCGGUACAUGGUCCGUGUGAAGGAGAUGCGCGAGUCCUGCCGCAUCAUCAGCCAGUGCAUCAACCAGAUGCCCCCGGGCCCGGUGAAGGUGGACGACCACAAGAUCGUGCCGCCGCCGCGCGCCGAGAUGAAGCACUCCAUGGAGGCCCUCAUCCACCACUUCAAGCUCUUCACCGAGGGCUUCACCGUCCCCAAGGGCGAGACGUACACCGUGAUCGAGGCCCCGAAGGGUGAGUUCGGUGUGCACCUGGUGUCCGACGGCACCAACCGCCCGUACCGCUGCCGCAUCCACCCGCCUGGCCUCAUCCACCUGGCCAUCAUCGACCGCCUGGCGCGUGGCCACCUCGUCUCGGAUGUGGUCACCCUGCUGGGUACGCUUGAUGUGGUGUUCGGUGAGAUCGAUCGCUAAGGAGAGAGGAGGGCCCCCGAGGCGCGGGAGGCGGGGGGGGGGCCGUGCGGCCUCCACUGCCGCUCUCCUUGGCGCGCGCGCGCGCGCGCAUGAAUGCACCGGGCGGCGAGAAGCGCGGUGCGCGGUGCGCGGUGUGCGCGCGCGCGCGCGUGCGCCCACACAUACACACAAACACACAUAUAAACACAUACACACCCGUGUCUCCCGUGUGCCUCUCCCCUCCUGCUCCUGCUCCUGCUCCGGCUCCUGCUCCUCCUCUUCGUUUGUGUUCGCUCCUCCCGGGGUGUGCGCGUGCGCGUGCUCGCCCGGUCGGGCGGAGACCGAGCCACCUCCCACCACAUCUGGCCGAUGGGUGCCGAGAGGGGGCAGGAGGGGGACCGGCCGAGCAAGGCCCCAGGGGCGCGCAUGGGCUGCGCCUGUGCGCGGGUGUUGGCCGCGGCGCCGCCGUUGCCUGCAAGCGCGCGCGCCCCCGCGGCCCCCCCCCC